AUGCUAGCAAGAUCUCUGGCCAGAAGUGUGCCUAAACUAUACCUGGUGAGUAAUGAGUUGCUAAAUCCGAAGACAUUGGUGGAUAUUCCUACUUAUGAGCUAUUCACGAAACUUCUUUACGUCAACCAUCCAAAACCAGGUCUUGUAAACUGGAUGCCUAUGGGAAUGUCAGUUCUCAACAAAGUCAAGGCAUUGGUUCAUCGGAACAUUCAAGCUGCAGGCGCUGAAGAAAUCAGCUUGUCCACCUUAUCCCAUUCAAGUCUCUGGGAGAUCACGGGUCGGUGGGGAGGAACUGAGCUCUUUAAGUUGAAAGAUUCGAAUGGUUCAGAUUAUUGUUUGGCUCCAACUUGCGAGGAAGAGAUCACAAACCUCGUCAAGGCCAACAUACGCACAUACAAGAGUCUUCCGUUGCUCUACUACCAAAUCAACACCAAGUUCCGUGACGAAAAGAGACCUAGGAGUGGACUUUUGCGGGGCAGAGAGUUUAUCAUGAAAGAUGCUUACUCGUUCGAUACUUCUGAGGAAAACGCCUUGCAGACAUACCAGAACAUGGUUGAGGCGUACUAUCGAGUGUUUGAGGAGUUGAAAGUACCAUUUGUCAAGGCGGACGCUGAUACUGGCGAGAUUGGGGGCUCUCUUUCUCACGAAUGGCAUUACGUCCAUUCCUCAGGUGAAGACACCUUAUUCACGUGCUCUGAAUGCAACAACUCGCUGAAUAUCGAGAAGACUUUGUCUUACCCGUUGGAGGAACAGCAGCAUAACAAUGUAGGAGUGCAUUACUUCACCACCAUCGAUAGAAAUAUGCUUGUAUGUGCAUAUUUCCCGGCUGCUAGAGAGUUUGUACCCGGUUUCGUCAAAAGCGAAAUUCCUGACAUUGAUCUCAGUGGCUCUUUGACGGAAGAGCAGAUUCUCGAUCUUUUCCGUGACGAAGAGACUUUGAUCACCAAGCGUAUUGUGAGGAUAAUGGAUUCUAGACUCAAUUCCAGGUCAAACUUUCCGGAUUUCCCCAUUAAAUUCAUCAACAGAUCGCUCAUCACGACUCUCACGGAUAUUCCCAUUGUGGCAGCUGAAGAGGGUGAGUUGUGUGUUCUGUGUGAAGAAGGUACCUUGCAGAAAAGUAGAGCCAUUGAGGUUGGCCAUACGUUUUUCCUUGGAGACAAGUACUCCAAAGCUUUGGGAUGUAGUGUAGAACUUCCACGCGAAGAUGGAACCAUGGAGAAGAGAGAUGUGUUGAUGGGCUGUUAUGGAAUUGGAAUUAGCCGAAUCAUUGCCUCGGUGGCAGAGAUCAACAGAGACGAGCAUGGUCUCAGAUGGCCGAGCAUCAUUGCUCCAUGGCAGGUUACUGUGGCUAACGCAAACAAUGACUCUAGGGGAGAGGAAGUUGUUGAAGCACUUGAGAGGGCAAAUGUGGAAAGUCGUAUUGAUAACAGAGAGAAGGUUGGGUUGGGCCGCAAGAUCAAGGAGUCCAAUGCCAUGGGAAUACCAUUGGUGGUGAUUGUGGGAAAGAAGUUCCCUAUGUUGGAGGUGGAGGUUAGAGGUCUCAGGUAUGGCGAUAAGUUGAAGUGGAGAGAUUUGUAUGACACAAAGGAUUUUGAGUGGGAAGUAGAGGAGGAGAAUGGAGUGGACACUAGACAUCGGGUACACGCUGACCAUGUGGAUAAGGUUGUGAAGGUGUUGCUUGCAGACAUGUAA